UAAAGGAAUAAAAGCUAAAAGAAAAGUGCACCAGCAAACACAGUGACAAGGUGAUAAUGCUUUCAAUUCUAAUGUUGAUUAUGAUAAUACUAUGUAGUCAAGUUAACACCCCUGACAGUCGCAAUAUACAUGUAACAAAGUAAAAUUUAUUUCUGCAUAUUGUAAUAACAAAGAGUCAAACGGUUAAAGUGCAAACAUAGACAUAGUACUUGAAAACUUAUUAAAAAUAAGAAGUAAGGAACAUUUUUAAAAGAAUGCAAAAUAACUGAUGUUUAAUAUUACACAUACAGAUAGAACUAUUAUAGCUGUUUUGCACAUAGUGUUAUAUUGCACCGAUUUGAGGUGUUUUAUGGUGCUCUCAUGUCACUGUGUCUUAUCUUUAUUGAUGUGUACAUUGUAAUCAAGGACAGUCAUGUGAUCCACUGUACUACGAGGUACGUUUAAAAAAAAGCCAUCGAUUCUCCAACUGUCUUUAACAUGAGGUGCACUUGUUUUGGAAUUUGAUUCGCCGAGGAGGCUGCGCACGCCCCGCCCCCGGGCCCGGGGGCCCUACUGAUUGGUCGCCGCUGUCGCCUGUCUCGGGGACAUCAGGGGAGGCACGAGUUGGCCCAUAAGCCUGCGCUGGCGAGUCGUCACUGUCGGACACGUAGUGGGAACGAACAGGUCCCGAUGCGCAAGUCACGGCAACCCUCGGCGGAGAUGAAGGCGGACUCCGACUGGCUCUGAUUUUUAAAAGCCCUUUUCAUUCAGGACGUCGGUUGCCAACGGUUAUCGAUAAUGGCAGGGCCGUUGACCCAAGCACCCACCGCUGCAAAAAUGGCGUCACUUAACCGGGUCCGAGCUUUAGCGAUGCUUUUCCUAACUGUCACUGGCUGUUGUGUCACCCCGACGAGCGGCAAGGAAGGGUCCGAGGAGACCGUCAUCAUAGGGCUGCGACUGGAGGAGACGGACGACAUUUCCUUCAUGGAUAAGGGCUACCUGCGGGUGAGUGAGCGUUCUCGGGUGAAAUUAAGGGUGUACGGGCAGAACAUCAACAACGAGACCUGGUCCAAAAUUUCUUUCACGGAACACGAGCGCAGCCGGACGCUGGGGAUCCUUGACAGCUCCUCGGGGGAUAACCAGAGCCAGGAGGACUCGUCCGGCUCGCAUCCCUGCGGCAUUAGGACUUCGGAUAUAAUUAUAUUGCCCAACAUCGUCGUGAGUCGAAAGACGUCCGGGGUGGUCGAGAUCGAGGUCAAGCCGCUGCGGAAGACGGAGAGGAGUAAAGAGUAUUACCUGUGCAUCGCCACCGCGACCGCCACGGCGGCCGUGGCCGGGAUGUACGACCCGUGGACGGAGAACACCUGGAUCUACCACGACGGAGACGACACCAAAGUGAUAGUGGUGGAGGAGAAAAAGUUUCUGCUGCCCUUCUGGCUCCAGGUCAUCUUCAUCUCCAUGUUGCUCUGCCUGUCGGGCAUGUUCAGCGGGUUGAACCUGGGGCUCAUGGCUCUGGACCCCAUGGAGCUCCAGAUAGUGCAGAACUGCGGCACGGAGAAGGAGAAGAAUUACGCCAAGAAGAUCGAGCCGGUCAGGAGCCAAGGGAAUUACUUGCUUUGCUCGCUUCUGCUGGGGAACGUGCUGGUGAACACCACGCUGACCAUCCUGCUGGAUGAUAUCGCCGGUUCGGGGCUGAUCGCCGUGGUCAUGUCCACCAUUGGAAUAGUCAUUUUUGGAGAAAUCGUGCCGCAGGCCAUCUGCUCCAGACACGGCCUCGCCGUGGGGGCCAACACCAUAUUCCUCACCAAGUUCUUCAUGCUGCUCACCUUCCCCGCCUCCUACCCGGUGAGCAAGCUGCUCGACUACCUCCUGGGACAGGAGAUCGGGACCGUGUACAACCGGGAGAAGCUCCUGGAGAUGCUGCGCGUCACGGACCCUUACAACGACCUGGUGAAGGAGGAGCUGAACAUCAUCCAGGGCGCGCUGGAGCUCAGGACUAAGACCGUGGAGGACGUCAUGACGCCUCUGAGAGAUUGCUUCAUGAUCCCCGGGGACGGUACCCUGGACUUUAACACCAUGUCCGAGAUCAUGAAGAGCGGCUACACGCGCAUCCCAGUCUUCGAGGGCGAGAGGUCCAACAUAGUGGACCUGCUCUUUGUCAAGGACCUGGCAUUUGUGGACCCGGACGAUUGCACACCUCUCAAAACCAUCACAAAGUUUUACAGCCACCCCUUACAUUUUGUGUUCAAUGACACCAAGUUGGACGCGAUGCUGGAGGAGUUUAAAAAAGGAAAAUCCCACCUGGCCAUAGUUCAGAGGGUGAACAAUGAGGGUGAGGGAGACCCUUUCUACGAGGUUCUGGGUAUUGUCACGCUGGAGGACAUUAUUGAAGAAAUCAUCAAGUCAGAGAUCCUGGACGAGACUGACUUAUACACUGACAACAAGACCAAGAAGAAAAUCACCCAUCGGGAAAGGAAGCAGGAUUUCUCGGCUUUCAAGCCUACCGACAAUGAAAUGAAGGUUAAAAUAUCCCCUCAGCUUCUGCUGGCUACCCUGCGUUUCCUAGCAACAGAGGUCGAUCCGUUCGCACCGGUGCAAAUGUCAGAAAAGAUUUUGCUUCGUUUGCUGAAGCACCCACUCGUCAUCCAGGAGCUUAAAUACGACGACAAGAACAAGCGGGCGGCAGAGCACUACCUCUUCCACCGGAACAAGCCCGUGGAUUAUUUCAUCCUCAUACUGCAGGGGAAAGUGGAGGUGGAGGCAGGAAAAGAGGGCAUGAAGUUUGAAGCGGGACCGUUCUCCUUCUAUGGGAUGAUGGCUCUGACAGCCUCGCCAGUGCCUCUGUCCCUGUCUCGCACAUUUGUGGUCAGUAGGACUGAAUCAUUAGCAGGAUCUCCAGAAAAUAAGUCUCCUCCACGGCCAUUUGGACUCAACCACUCGGACUCUCUGAACAGGAGUGAUCGUAUAGACGCCAUCACCCCGACUCUCGGCAGCAGCAACAACCAGCUCAACUCCUUCCUGCAGAUCUACGUACCGGACUACUCGGUGCGAGCGCGCACAGACCUGCAGUAUAUAAAGGUAACACGUCAACAGUACCAGAACGCCGUAAUGGCGUCACGCAUGGACAAAACGCCGCAAUCGACAGACAGCGAGUUCACUAAGAUCGAGCUCACGCUGACGGAGCUCCACGCCGGGGUGGAGACCCCCGCCGUGGUGGUUGUGGCCACCACGGCCAGCGCCGCUAUCCCCACCCCGGCUCUGUCCGUGUCCGUGGCCAACGAGACGUCCCACCUGCUCAACCAGCAGCAGAACUGUGUGGGCCUCAGCAGGAGCAACCACAGCGCCCACAACGAGGGACCCAUCUAGCCGCCGCCGAGCCCGGUGGAGACCCCGGACCCUCCACCCUGUGUCAUGGACACACACACUCACACACGGAGCGGUGGCGUAGACAGAGAUGAGGGAAAGUGGGGUAGCGGAGGCGGGUGGAGUUAGGGUUCUGCUCCAACCAGUAGCCCCCCCAGUCAGUCAGUCAGUGAGACCUUUUCACGGAGGCGGCAGUGUGGAAGACGGGUGCUGCGUCGCCCUCAACGCCCCCACCUGAAGAAUCCCGGCUGCACUGCACGCUCUCACAGAGGGUGCACUCGGACGGGGCCCCUGACUGAGCUUCUAUUUUUGGGACAAUCCGACACUUUCGUAGUGGUGACUUGGACUAGAGGACAUCGGUGCGCAUGCAAACCCUGUUCCUUUCACGCACACACACACACACACACACACACACACACACGCACUGUAUUUUCUCCUAAGGCCAAAGACUUUGGUCCCCCUUUCUUAUACUAGACACAGGCGUUUAUUUGCCCACAGACACACACACACACACCGAAAUUCAAACAUUCACACACACACACACACACACUCACAGAUGAAACUCCACCCGUGCAUCUUUCAGGGAAGCUCAGUCGAAUGUUGAUCCCAUCAACGAGGACUCAAACCCAAACAAGCAGAACGGUUGGUCAAAGACUGCACCAAAAACCGCUUUGGAAUGAACCGUAAAACCACGAACCAAGAAUGUUUUCCUGUAUUUAUUUAUUUUAUAAUAUUGUAUGUAUAUAUGUACGUGUGGACCCAUGAUAUGACAAAGUGGCAUACGAGCAUGCACGAGCAUGUAGACAAAGGUGUGCGUGGGGCACGUGUGUCAUAUCAGAAAAGGACUUGCUACAUAUAUGGAGACGAACAUCCAUUCAUGUACAUGGGGAGGUGAGGGUCUUUCACAGAUACAGUAUGUAUAUUACAGAACUUGUUAUUUUUACUAUUAUCCUAAAUCAGGCUGGUGGUACACUAUCUUUUUCACCUUAAAAAAAUCACACUAUUGCCUUUAAGAGAAAUCAUAUAAUUAAUUAUUUUAACAAAGUGCAAUGAAGAGCAAUUUAUUUAAGAGAUGAUUAUGAAUUUUAAAAAAAUCACUGUAAUAUAAAUUGACAGAUAUAUUUCUAUGUAUGUACUGUAUGUAUAUGUACUUGUAUUUGUUUUUUGAAUAAUGCUCUGCAGCCACCCACAACGCAAAACUGUCCUUAGUCAGUCGCUCUUUCUCUUUGUCUCGCGUCCUUUGACCUCGAACACCACGUCUAUGUGUCCUUAUGGGAGCAUUGUUGCCUAGACUUUUAAGUGCCAUAGUUAUGCAUGUGGAGGUUGUGUCUUGUUUUCUUUUUUGCCAAUUCUACGCAUAGUCCAACUUGAUAAUUGCACAGUAUUAAUGACCUCAUCUAACAUGUUGAGCUUCAUCAACGUCACAAAAAGUAACCUCGACAUUAAACAUGUCCAUGAAUGAUACACAGCUGUGCUUUUCCACUGCUCAUGUGUCAACUUGUUUUUCUGUUGUUGUUUUUUGCAUGUGAGGUACACGUGUGUGUGUGUGUCCAUAAAACGUUUGGCUGACGGUUCCGUUCAUAAACACAAUUUUUUAAAGUAGCGAAUGUGAAAGACGCUAAACUUUAUUUGUUUUGGCUCCCUACACUUUAAAGAUUUUAAUCCAUGUUUAAUAGUUCUUGGGUUACUUCAGUUCAAAAUCAAAACAUAUUCUGCACAAAUGCUGCUAUUAAAGAUAUAUAGAAAUAUAUCUAUAUACUUAUAUCUAUAGAAUUUUAUCUUAGAAACAUUGUACCCUUAUUUGUUAUUUGUUUCACUAGUGGGAAAUACAAACUUGUGUUCUUGCAGAGAGUUAGACGAGCAGAGAAGAGGAAGAUGGUCUCAAUCUUCUCGUCUGACUCUUGGCAAGAAAGUGAAUUAGUGUAAAUUUUGAGUAUUCCAAUAUAUUCUAUAUAUUUGUUUUCUUCCGCAUUAGUACCUUCUUCACCCUUAUUGUUUUACCUCAUGAAGACAGGACUGAGUUAUAAGAUAUGUCUGCUUUACAUAUUCCCUAAAGAAGUCAUAGUGUAGAAUAACUUUGUCUACUUCAUAUCUGUAGGGACGUUGAUUUUUUUUUUUUUUAACUCUUUAACUAAAAAUGACUGAUUCCACUUCCAGGCCUGUUCAUUAACAUUACACGAAUUGUAUACGGGCAGUUUUCUUGCCACCUUACAGGCCACAACAAUGUCCUGAAUGCCCAAUUAAUUCGAAAUUCAUUUUCAGUUUGUAACCACUGGUGGUCACUGUGUUUCCACUUAUAAUCCAACGUGUGUGCAACGCCCCUGAAACCGCACACGUGGUCAAACAGCCCUUCCGUCUGCACAGCCAGGAGGGGCGUCGUGGUUGAAGAACCGGCCGUAGAGCACGUCUGCGUUGUUUGCAGCAGCUUUUCGCUGUUGUUUAUUGUUUACUUGAAAGAGCUCCUAUGCAGCAGACCCACUCCUGCUUUGCAGCGACAAUCACUCCAGCAAUGAAUGAUGAUUAGAUUGUAAGGCUGUAAGAUUGUGCUUGGAACAUUCCUACUCUGCUUUAUGGACUUCGGUGCCUGACAGGAACACAAGAAGCAUGAUGACGAUUCAAAAGUCCAAUUGCACCACAGUGUUUCACUGGGGGAAGCGUCGGCUGUGGCUGCGUUGUUUCAAUAUACGCUGUUAAACACACACGUAUUCUCUAUUUUCUUACGGGCUCCGGCCUCUGCUGCACACAAGCUUAUCUCCCUCCCAUUAUGUCAAUGCUUUGCAGGUCUUUGUUUGACUGGUCUUUGCUCCGUUGCAAUGCUGCUGCUGUACCCAUGUGCUGUCCGUAAUGCUUCUUCUACCUGGCGACAACAUUCCCAUUGCCUCCUGCAGCUGGUGGUUUUAAUAAAAAAGUGAAUGAUUAACAGACA